CCCUAAGAAGAUUUAUGACCCGCUGCUCUGGGCAUCUGAAUUUAGGAGAUUAUUCAGAAUAAAACCAAAGAGAGAAAGGAGGUCUGAUUAAAUUUGAGAUGUGGUUAAUCUUCCACACAUGCACCUGCAGGCAGAAAGCAGAGUUUUAUGACAUCAGAGAGGGACACAGAGAGCAGUGUGCAGCGGAGAGGCAGUGAAGGUUAAUUGGGCAGGUGAGGAACUCGAGAAGGAGGCGCCGGUUGGGGGAACAUUUGAUACGCACACAGGUUGGAAACUCAAGCAUCCUUCAGUGCAUCCACCCCUGAGUAUAUAAGAGAGAGGCAGCUGUCAGCGGCACCACAAAGCCUUAUCUCUCCAUCUGCUGCUGCUGCUGCUGCUGCUGCUCUGUCUGGACGCUUAGCAACGCUCUGCACACAGCGAGCUUUUCUUUGACCCUUCAGGACCAACAUGUCGCUCACCUCCAUUCUUUCAGCUGAGGCCAUUGAAAACGCUGUCAAGGACUGUCAAGCUCCGGAUUCAUUCUGCUACAAAAAGUUCUUUAAGCUGUGUGGCCUGUCCUCAAAGACGCCCCAGGAAGUCAAAGAUGUCUUCCAGAUCCUCGACGAGGACAACAGCGGCUUCAUCGAGGAGUCUGAGCUCAAGUUCUUCCUGCAGCGGUUUGUCCCCGGGGCGCGGACACUGAGCGAGGCAGAAACCAAGACCUUCAUCUCAGCAGCUGAUGAUGACAGUGACGGCAGAAUUGGAGCAGAGGGUCGGUGUCUGAUUUCUCAGAUUGCAUUCAGACAAACUCAUGAUGCAGAGUUCCAGACCAUGGUGCAGUCCUGAGUUUUUCCCAUGAAAACAGCUCAAGCCUUCAGGUCUGCAGCCCUCUCCUCACCUCUGGAGUCUAAAGAUCCCAGCUUCCACUCCCAGUGAUUUAUUUUGUUUUCUACUAAAUUAUGUGUGGCCUAAUUGUUUUUCCAGACACUGUGUCCAGUUAAAGACAACAGACUGUCAAUGUGUCUUUUUCCACUUGGAAAACACUGUGCACACCCCACCUCUGUCAAUGAAUGAGAUGAAUAAACGUGUGGAAACACAGAUCACUU